AUGGAAAAUUCAACAAAGAGGGUGAAUUGGAAGAAAGUUAUCAAUACAAGUUGGGAGGAAGAACCCCUCCGACGGAGGCGGUGCAUCGGGGCGCGUAUCGAGAUCGCUGAGGAGCGCCAGAACAGCAUUGAUCGCCACAAUCUGAGCUUGAACCAGGCGAAUCUGGGUUUAAUUCAGCGCGCCGAGGGGUUGUGA